AUGGACCGGCCGCUGUCGACCGUCUCCUCCUCCUCCUCCACCGCCGCCGUCGCCAUAGACAAGUCAAUCAACCGCUCGUCGGCGUCAUCGUCCACCCUCGACCCCUCCAUCCAGCAACUCGCGAGCGGUGGCGACUCGAGCUCCCUCCCCGCCGCUUCGCCAUCCCCCUCGCUGUCUUUGCACCAAAGACAACCACGGCCGCAGCAACACGCUUCGGCGCAUGCUCGCAGCAUCUCGUCUUCGUCCCUGGCCGCCAGCUCCGUCGCCAGCCGCAAGAGCCGCUAUGCUGAGCCUGGCACCGCUGAGGUCCACGUCGAGAGAUCCAACGUCUCUGCCACCUCGAGCUCCCCGCCCGUAUCUGUAAAGGGCUCCCGCUCCAUCCUGCAGCAGAGUCGCAGGCAGUCUGGCAUCUCUGACGCCUGGAGCGAAGACCUUGUCUUCGGAGACCCGCAGCUUUCCGCCCUCGACGACACCGAGACGCCCCGGAUACGAGCCGCUUCAACCUUCGACGCCUCCUACCACGUUUUCCUCCCCGAGCCCGCCCUGACCGCACGGUCGUCACUGUCAGAUAUUCAGGCCAGGCGAUUGUCAGGAAACUCCAUAUACUCCCUUGCCUCUGCUCGUGGCAUCCUCAAUUCGUCACCCUCGGCACAAGGAUCUGAACCCGGCGCUCCUGCUCGUUCCGUUCCGAGUCUCAUGUCCUCGAGCAAGGGCAUGAGCUCAUCGCCAUCCGAAGCCGGACUCUCCAGUGUCACCGUCACCACCUCGACAGGCUCCCAGCCCGGCCAUAGCGCAGCAUCGGGGCAGCACAACUUGACGCCGAGAGACCCACAUGCGCAGCCCCUUGACCUUAUGAGACGGAGUCAAAGGAUGGAUUCCAACGUGCGUUCCCAGCCUGACCGGUCCCGGAGCAGGGCCAAGAGGAGGUUCAGUGGCAGCACUGCGAACAGCAGCCAUAGCCCAAGCAGCGACCGUGGGCCGCACCACAGGGAGAAAGAAGAGGCCAAGCCAGCUCCUUGGGGUGUCAUUGGGAUAUGUGCCUUGGACGUCAAGGCAAGAAGCAAGCCCAGCCGCAAUAUACUCAACCGUCUCAUCUCCAAUCGCGAAUUCGAUGUGGUCGUAUUUGGGGACAAAACCAUUCUCGACGAAGAGGUUGAGAAUUGGCCCAUCUGUGACUACUUGAUAUCUUUCUACUCGGAUGGUUUCCCUCUGGAGAAGGCCAUUGCCUACGUCAAAACGCGGAAGCCAUUUUGCGUCAACGAUGUGCCCAUGCAAAAGAUACUUUGGGAUCGGCGUGUCUGCCUCCGAUUGUUGGAUAAAAUCCAGGUCCGCACGCCCAAAAGGCUUGAGGUCAGUCGGGACGGCGGACCACAAGUCCUCAAUGCCGAAAUGGUCAAGCACAUCAAGGAUAUUUCUGGCAUAAGUCUGGAGCCCGUCGACCCCGACAAGCAGGCUCCGCCACGCAACGUUGAGUUGAUCGACAACGGCGACGUCCUGAGCGUCGAUGGUGCAUUGCUGAAGAAGCCCUUCGUCGAGAAGCCAACCAGCGGCGAGGAUCACAACAUUAUCAUAUACUUUCCCAGCAGCACUGGUGGCGGCGCCAGAAAGCUCUUUCGGAAGAUUGGGAACAAGAGUUCUGACUACGUCGCCGAUCUCAAUGUGCCAAGAGCCAUCACCGAACCCGGAAGCAGCUACAUCUACGAAAGUUUCAUGCAGGUCGACAACGCCGAAGAUGUCAAAGCCUACACGGUCGGACCCCACUACUGCCACGCAGAGACCCGCAAGUCCCCGGUGGUAGACGGCAUUGUAAGGCGAAACACUCACGGUAAGGAGCUCCGUUACGUUACGGCUCUCAAUAGCGAGGAAAAGGAGAUGGCAAGUCGAAUUUCGACGACUUUCGGGCAGCGCGUAUGCGGGUUCGAUCUUCUGCGGGCUUCAGGAAAGAGCUAUGUCAUCGACGUCAAUGGGUGGAGUUUCGUCAAGGACAACGAUGACUACUACGAGCACUGCGCCAACAUCCUGAAGGAUAUCUUUGUCAAGGAACGCUUACGUCGUGGCGGUGUCACGCCGCCUCUGCCGUCGCCUGCAGCAUCUGACGUGGAUCCUCUCGCCCGUGCAACCCAAGCCAUCAAAGAUCGCGAGCAGCAAGCGACGUUAGCUCCCACAACCGCGCCCAAGUCGACAAACGGAAACCACACGGCCCACUCCAGCAUCGACCUUCAGCCCAGCGAUACGACCCUUCUCCCGCACAGCGACGCGCCUUCUUCCAAGGCAGAUAGCUCUCUGGGGUCCAUGGCACAGAGCACAGCGACAAGUCCGAAGUUGCCUCCGCCUCCGCCUGAGGUGAGCAACCACGAGUCUGUUUCUGCCUCGGCUUCCAUCAAGACGUCUGCAACCGCCGCCACAUCACAGCAACCGCAAGGAGAGGAGUCAGCCGCGGUGCCACCCCCUCCCAAGCAUUCCUGGAAGCUCAAAGGCAUGGUGUCUGUCAUCCGGCACGCAGACCGUACUCCGAAGCAAAAGUACAAGUUCACGUUCCAUACGGAGCCCUUUAUUGCACUUCUCAAGGGACACCAGGAAGAAGUCCUUCUCAUCGGUGAAGCCGCCCUGGCCAGCGUCAUUCAAGCCGUCGACGUUGCGUAUGAGGCGGGCAUCGAGGACAGAUCCAAGCUCAGGGCUCUGCGCAAUGUGCUCGUCAAGAAGGGAAGCUGGGCCGGAACCAAAGUUCAGAUCAAGCCUAUGUUCCGCAAGAAGAAGACUGAGGAGACUGAUUCCCCCGUUCACGAGAUGCCCGAUCUGGAUGAGACGCGAGAGGCGAUUAUUCCCACCGGCAACGGGGAGUGUCCGGGCCAUGACAUCGAAACUCAUCCUCCGUCGAGAAGGCAUGAUUCACUCUCUGGCGUUACCAUGUCCAAGUUCACGGCAGCUGAAGAGCGCUUGGUACUCGACAAACUACAGCUGAUUGUCAAGUGGGGAGGCGAGCCGACCCACUCGGCACGCUACCAAGCCCAGGAGCUGGGUGAAAACAUGCGCAACGACUUGAUGCUAUUGAACAGAGACAUCCUUGAUGAGGUCCACGUUUACAGCAGCUCAGAACGCCGCGUGACCGCCAGCGCACAAAUUUGGUCCGCGAGCUUCUUGGACAGAAAGGACAUCCCUGAGGACUUUAUCACCAUCCGCAAGGAUCUCCUGGACGACUCGAAUGCCGCAAAGGACGAGACGGACAAAGUGAAGAAGAAGCUUAAGGGGCUUCUCCGGAAAGGGAACGAGCGUCCGGCUCAAUUUGCUUGGCCUGAGAACAUGCCAGAACCCUCCGAAGUACAGACUCGGGUUGUGCAACUCAUGAAUUUCCAUCGGCGCGUCAUGCAGUACAACUAUGGCAAGCUCUACAGCGGCGCAGCGACGUCUCUAAGCUCCAUCUCAAACCCCAGCACCGAGAAAUUGACGGGCGAGGGCUCUAGCACAUCAUUGUCGUCGGCCUUGUCACACGCCAACGCAGUCAACAACAUCCAGUCACGGUGGUGCAGCGGCGAGGAUGCAGAGCUAUUCCGCGAGCGAUGGGAGAAGCUUUUUGCCGAAUUCUGCGACGGCGAGAAAGUCGAUCCUAGCAAGAUCUCUGAGCUGUAUGACACGAUGAAGUUUGACGCCCUGCACAAUCGUCAGUUCUUGGAGUGGGUCUUCACGCCUCCAAAAGGCAUGCUCGAAGAGGAAUACGGGGUCAAGGAUGGCAAAGCGCGGGACCUUGACGAUGGCAAGGCAUCCGAAGAUUCGAGGGGCGAGAAAGGUCAAAACAGCUCCCCCGAGGGUUCAGACAAGGCUGCUGAUGCAUCCAGCCGAGGAGCAACGGUCAGGAAGCUUUUUCGGAGGCGGUCGUUCCUCAAUGGACUGAGGCACCUCAACGAAGAAGGGCCUCCGGAGCAAUACUUCCGCCUGUACAAGGGAACGCACCAGACUUCGCAAAAGCCGGACCCUCGAAACGACCCCUUGCAAGAGUUGUACCGGCUCGCCAAGGUUCUCUUCGACUUCAUUUGCCCUCAGGAAUACGGAAUCUCGGAUAGCGAGAAGCUCGAAAUCGGUCUUUUGACCUCGCUGCCUCUCCUGAAAGAGAUUGUCCAGGACCUUGAGGAGAUGCAGGCUUCCAAUGAUGCCAAAUCCUUCUUCUAUUUCACCAAGGAAUCUCACAUCUAUACAUUGCUCAACUGCAUUAUCGAAGGCGGCAUCGAAACCAAGAUUACGCGCAGCACGAUCCCGGAGCUGGACUACCUCUCGCAGAUUUGUUUUGAACUUUACGAGUCCGAGAUGAAGCCGGCCCCUGAAAGUGUUGAUGCCGACGUUCCGACCUUUGCCUACAGCAUCCGCAUCACUCUCAGCCCUGGAUGCCACGUCUUCGAUCCUCUGCAUGUUCAGCUCGACAGCCGACAUUGCAUCGGCUGUGCCCCAAGGCGUAGUCUGACCCCCCACAUCGACUGGCUCCAAGUCAUCAAAACGCUUCGAGCCAAGUUCAACCAGGUUAAACUACCCAAGACGUUCUUGGCCGUCAACCUCUCCGACGCCUUUACGUUUGAGGAGCAGGAGCGCAUGGCGAGCGAUAACGACUUGCUCGAGAUGAAGACGGUGCCACCUAAAGACCUCUUGUCAGGGGGGCGGGACAAGGUGACGGAGACGGGCGAGGACGAGACACCUACUGAGUCGACUUUUGCCUACCCGGGCCAGGACGAGACGCCGACGCCCGCAGCCUUCUAA